AUGCCUCUCAAAACGGUGAUUUGCAUUGGUAUGGCCGGUUCCGGCAAGACGACAUUUAUGCAACGACUAAAUUCGAAACUUCACGCGGAGAAAAUGCCACCUUACGUUGUUCAAUUGGAUCCAGCAGUGUUGAAAGUGCCCUAUGGAGCCAAUAUCGAUAUUCGUGACGCAGUGAAUUACAAGAAAGUGAUGCAGAACUAUAAUUUGGGUCCCAACGGAGCCAUCGUGACAAGUCUCAAUUUGUUCAGCACCAAAAUUGACCAGGUGAUUAGAUUAGUUGAACAGAAAAAGGACAAGUUCGAACAUUGCAUAAUAGACACGCCGGGUCAAAUUGAAUGCUUUGUGUGGAGUGCUUCCGGAUCGAUCAUUACGGAAUCGUUUGCAUCGACUUUCCCUACUGUGAUAGCUUAUAUCGUCGAUACACCAAGAAACUCUUCACCCACGACGUUCAUGAGCAACAUGUUGUAUGCAUGUUCGAUCCUGUACAAGACCAAGCUGCCGAUGAUUGUCGUUUUCAACAAGACGGAUGUCUGCAAAGCCGAUUUUGCACGCGAAUGGAUGACUGAUUUCGAAGCGUUUCAAGCAGCAUUGCGCGCAGAUCAAGAAUCGAACGGUGAGACGAGCAUGGGGUCUGGAUACAUGGGUUCGCUUGUGAACUCGAUGUCAUUGAUGCUAGAAGAGUUUUACUCACAGCUUGAUAUGGUGGGUGUCUCCAGUUUCACCGGUGAGGGAUUCGACGAAUUUUUGCAAGCAGUCGACAACAAAGUUGACGAAUAUGAGACGUAUUACAAGGCGGAAAGGGAGCGGAUCCUGAAACAGAAGCAAGAAAAAGAGGCAGAGAACAAGAAAAAAUCGCUUACGCAUCUCAUGAAAGAUUUGGGGCUCCAAGAGGGAGAGACUGGAGCGGCGAAAACGAGUCGCAAUGACGACGAUAGCGCAGACGUUUUGAGCGAUCUAGAGCCCGAUGAAGACGAUGGGAUUGUAUUGCGAGACGAAGAAGAAGCACCUGAACGCGAGUAUACGUUUGCAGGUGAUGAGAGACUCGGGGGUGAGGUCAACGCGCAAUCGGCGCCCGCACUACAGGAGCGGUAUGAACGAGCUCUCGAACAAGUUGCCAAAUCCGCGAGCAGCCGCACCGCAGAAAAUAUUGCACGCUACAUACAGGGCUAA